AUGCCUGCCGAGUACAUGGACGCGUGCCGAGAAAGCGGUCACCCCGUUCCCGCGCCUCACUCCAUUUCCCGCCUCGUCAGCUCCUACAUGGAGCCCAAGAACCCUUCCAAGGCCGUUCGCGAGUCCUUCCGCAUCGUCGAGCUCCUCCUCCUUUCCAACCACCUCGACCACGCCCACUCCCUCGCCACCGCCCUCUAUCGCCAUGUUGACACUAUUCUCCCCAAAAAUGCCUCUAGGUUUUCUCAGCAGGCUCUGAACUACUUCUGGUUCACGCAUCCCGCCUAUCCGCUGCCGCCUAACGCCCCCUCGAAGACUCGACAGGGCGACCGCUCCGAAGCGGCCCUCAAGACCGAGUCACGGUGGAAAACAGAACAGUGGAAUAACUACCGCGAGUGCACGCGCACGGGCUGGAUGCUCGAACACUGCAACCUGCGAGAGCCCGAGGACCCUCACGUCUGGCGCGAGACGGACAACCCGCCCAUGAUCGCCAUGUGCGCCCGGCUGCUGGCAAAGGACAAGACGCCCGGCCAUUAUCCCCCAACCGAGCAGCUGAGAGAGGCCCUUGCCGCCGCCGAGAAGCUCUACGCCCAGCCUCAGGUGCCGGUGGCCGAUUGGAAAUUCGAGCACAAAGAGAGCCAGACUGUGCGCAGACACUCCUACCUCCUUUACCGGCGGUUGGUGGUCGAGCUUGCCAUACGCGUCGGUCGUCUCGACACAGCCGCGGAAGUGCUAUCGCAGGGCCUGGUCCUCGAUGGGUUCAACACGAGUGACGGCGCCGCGCUCGAUCGAUUCCUGGUGUUACCGGGCAUCUACGAGGUCCUCCCCCGCCUCGCCGCAAAAGGUAGGGCCGGGAACCCAUUCUACAUCGAGGACUCCGACGCCGCAGCGAUGGUGCGUGAGAUUUCCCAGACGCUGGAACGCCGCGCCGAACACGGAAGGCAGUGGUCGCUGGCCCCGGAGAGGGUGGGCUGGAGGGAGCUGCUGGACCGGCUUGCGAGUGCUGCCUGGGCGGUAAACUCCAAGGAGUAUAAGAAGAAUGGUGUAAUGUCAGCGGCUGAGAUCCUCAACUCGCCAAUAAAAGAGGAGGACAUCAAGGCUGCGGAGGAGGUGGUCGGGGAGCUGCCGGAGGACCUCAAGGAGAUGUACCGCAUUGCGGGAGGCUUCAAGGGAGGCUGGCAUUUCCUCGAGGGCGGUUUGUCGGACUGCCGAGACUUUGAGUUCGACCCCGACUGCGAAGAGCUCGACGAUCUGAGAGACGAGAAAGAGCUCAGCUUUCCCAACGACGACGACGACGAUAACAAUCUUCAAGGCUUUAUAGAGCUUUCCCCAGGCGUGGAACAGUGCGACAGCUAUAGGCACUACCUCAUCACUCCCGCCCUCUACCGCAAGCUGGCGCGCGAGCGGGACGACUACAAGGAGGGGGAGUACAUGUACUGGAACAAGGCAUACUGGACGUGCGGGACCUUUUGGUACGGGUCUGUAAGAGAGUGGGUGGCGAAGCAUGUGGAGAGGCUCGAGAGGAUGGUUGAGGAUGGGGAGGUGGAGGACGGGCAGGAUGAGGAUGACUGCUCAACGGUCUUAACGUGA